UAAAAUUGUGACGAUUUGAUUGGACACGGUUGUGUAGCAUUUUUCAAAGCGGAACAUUGAAAAUUUUCCAUGUAGUAAAGAGUUAUAAUAAUUAUCAGAUACCUUCCAAAUGAAAUUUUUAGAAUUUCAGUGGCAAUUGUAAACAAUGAGCUACACAGAGUUGAAAGGUCUGUACCACCUGCGAGAAACCAUCGGAUCAGGUGGUUUCGCCAAGGUGAAAUUAGCUUACCAUGCAUUGACAGGAGAGAAAGUUGCUAUCAAAAUCAUGGACAAACGCUCUCUUGGAGAGGACCUGCCGAGAGUGAAGACUGAGAUUGCAGCCAUGAAGGCACUGUGCCAUCAGCACAUAUGUAAGCUGUACCAAGUCAUAGAGACCACUGAUAGAUUCUACAUGAUCCUUGAGUACUGCCCAGAGGGAGAGUUGUUUGACUACAUUGUGGCCAAAGACAAGCUAGGGGAGGAGGAGGCGCGGAUCUUCUUCCGCCAGAUAGUGGCCGCUGUGGGCUACAUACACAACCAGGGGUACGCUCACCGCGACCUCAAACCUGAGAAUCUCCUGCUAGAUGAGGAACAGAAUCUCAAACUCAUAGACUUUGGGCUCUGUGCUAAGCCAAAGGGAGGAAUGGAGAACCAUUUGUAUACAUGUUGUGGCAGUCCGGCCUAUGCAGCCCCAGAGUUGAUCUCAGGCAAGGAGUACCUUGGGGCAGAGGCUGACAUAUGGAGUAUGGGAAUUCUUCUCUAUGCCCUAUUGUGUGGUUACCUACCAUUUGACGAUGAAAAUAUUCCUCAUUUAUAUAAAAAGAUACAGAGUGGACGGUAUGAGACCCCAGCAUGGCUGAGCCAGGAGUCCAAGGAGUUGAUAGCUAGCAUGCUCCAGGUUGACCCUAAACGGCGCAUCACAGUUGGGCAGCUUAUCUCACAUCCCUGGCUACUCAAGGGCUUUGACAUCAGCGUAGAGUGGCAUUCAAAGUAUAGGUGGAAGGUGGAUGAGGACUGCAUCACAGAGCUGGCAGUACAUUAUGGGAAAACCAAACAGGAUAUGGAGGCGGAUGUACAGGAGUGGCAGUUUGAUUACCUGACGGCGACCUACUUUCUUCUUCUGGAGAAGAAAAUGAAGGGCCGACCUGUGAGGCUGAUACAGCAGCAACUAAAGCAGACUCAGGACACACCCAGGCCCCGAAGUCAGAGUGCAGACACUGCCAGCCGUAGUCCACCAGAGCCAUCAUCUGGUCCCCAGCGGCGUACUGAGACCAAGGCUGGGUCCAGGACUGAGAGACCCAAGGGACGCGCCAGGGAGAGGCUUCCCUUUUCAGAUAGCAAAGACACAAACAAGGAAAACUUCCUGGUCCCUGAAACACCUAUCAUCAGAAAUAAAACCCCACGCUCUUUGAUUGCUACCAAUAAAAAUGCAAAUACCUUAAUAGAACAGAACAACCUUGAGAACAGAAAGCCCAGAUCACCGCUGAUGGCUAAGCAGCUUCCUAUUGCCCUUGAUGACACGUUGUGCACCCCAGGCAAGAUGCUGAAUGGCUCGAUGUUGAACAGCACACUGUCCCCCUCUCGCUCAUAUGAUUCACAGCUGAACAACCUGGAGAAGGAAACACCACUGAGUGCUUCCAAAAACCGAGCAGCGUCAGUGGAUGAGGAGCUGUACAAGGCCCACAUGGAUCUCACCCCCAGCAAGUCCAAGAAGGGCUCCGUGUUUGGUAGCCUCGAGAAAAUGUUCAAUAUGCUUACACCGAAGAAGCAGCGGAACUCCUCGAGCGAUGGGCCCAGGAAAGUCAAGGCUCUUCACAAUGUGUUCCGGACCAAUAAGACUAAUGCUGACCUUGCUCUGGCCAGUUUGAAGUCCACAGUGGAAAAGAAGUUCAUUCCUUACAAACAGAGCGAUUACACGCUGCGGUGCACUGUGAUGGAUGACUGGGGUCGGGUGAAGCUUGCCUUCGACCUGGAGGUAUGCUCCAUACCAAAGAUGAGCUUCGUAGGCGUGGCUAGAAAACGAGUGAAAGGAGACACCUGGCACUACAAGAAACUCUGUGAAGAUAUCCUCAAUACAGCAAAACUGUUGUGCUGAAACACAGAAAUUCUUCAACGGACACAUUUUAUUCACACACAUGGCUGUGGCCACAUGCUCGUGGAACUUCUUAAUCAUAAAUGAUUUGUGAUCAAAAGUGUAAACUAGAGUGUAAACACAUGGUGCCACGCAAUGUUUGUGCCAUAGGCUUGACUUCUGACCACUCUUGGUGCACAUGUUCUUGAAGCCAGUGCAAAUGGGUCACUCAAGAUGGCUGCUAGUGGAAAUCUGGUAACAGUUGGUGAGCUGUAGGUGAUUUCAUCAAUUUCAAUUUGUCAUAGACACAUUUUUAGCGAGGCUGUUUUCGGAAAAAAACCGAGCUAUUGUCAUAGCCUGCUCGCCGUCCGCCGGCGUCAUGCUAAAACCUUAACGUUGCCUCUAAAAUAAAAGUGCUUCCACCUACAACUUUGAAACUUCAUAUGUAGAUGCACCUUGAUGAGUUCUACACGCCACACCCAUUUUGGGUCACUAGGCAAAGGUCAAUGUGACCUCUAAAAAAAAAAAAAAAAUCUGACAAGCUUUCGCAGCCGAGCGUGGCACCUGUUAUGCAGUGCUCUUGUUCAUUGGAAGUAAUAACAUUAUUCAAUCCAUGUGUACAUGCUGGCAUCCAGCAGUGUUACCCAAUGUUAUCAUGUGGUGUUAUAUGUUCUGAUAUAUACAACUGUGAAAAUGUGUAUGAAUAUAGUGUGCAUAUAAUACUAGUAAAAAUACAUUUCCUUACUUAUACCAUUGCUUAUUUAUUCCAUGGGCGCUGCAUAAGAUUGCUUCAGAACUAUAAAUAGACGUCUUUGGACAACAUAUCCUAAUAAAUUUAAAUAAUUCCACACAUCUGAUCGAUGGGUGGUCCUCUUCCAAAGCUGGUCAAUGGGUUCUGCUCUGAUGCAUGGAAAGUGUCUGGUAUUGGUAGGGUUUUGAUGUGUGUUGUGUCAAAAAGCACUGAUUGGAUUUUUAAAUUAGUUUAAAAGAAGGUUACUUAGGUGGGCUCUACCUUAGUUGCUCAAGAAAAAAGUGGAUCAAGGAGAUGUUCUCCCCAUAUACUGCUUUAAUAUGUACUAUUGUGUGCCUAUACCUGCACAUAGCACAUCUUGUAUGUUGCUGAAUGUGUUUUACUUCAAAUGUGAAAUGAACCUGUUGUGUUUAAAGGUUUCAUUCUUACCUGUUGUGUUUAAAGGUUUCAUUCUGACUGAUGGAAUGUAAAAACUGAACUUACAAGUGUGUACUUAUUCUUACAAGUGUAUAUAUAUAAUUCUGCAUGUA